AUGUUAAACGAAAUUAACUAUGCUUUUCCUGCCGGUGACGAGAGUGAAGGAAGCAGCGACGAAUGGGAUCUUGGAUAUUCUAAUAACACCAAAAAAGCGGCCUCUGAGGUUUCCGAAACACAUUUGAAUGGAGAAGACAAAGUAUCCACCCUGAAAAGGGCUAUUACUGCAGGAAAUGUCGAACUGGUGCGCGAGCUCUUGGACGGUGGUAUGGACGUGGAGACUCGGCUUGGCUUUGGAUGGACUCCUCUCAUGUGUGCUGUCCAUGUGGCCAAUUACGAGCUUGCUGAACUGCUGCUGGAUCAUGGUGCAAGUGCAAACUUCAGCAGAGACCACUAUACAGUUCUAAUGGCUGCUUGCACUGCAACAUCUGCUUUAGAAGAGAAGAUCGCCAGGUGUGUGGCUUUGCUGCUUAGUCGCAAUGCUGACCCAAAUGUCUCCAACAGGAGCAGUAUGACGUGUCUGAUGCUGGCUGCCAGAGAUGGCUAUUGUCAGGUGAUUAAUUUGCUUGUGUCACAUGGAGCGGAGCUGAACUUUCAGAAUGAUCAUGGACAUUCGGCCCUCAUUAUAGCUGUGCAGUAUGGACGAGAAGAGGCCAUGCUGAAGCUGCUUCAACUAGGAGCUGAUAAGUCUAUGAGAACCAAGACGGGAAAGACAGCAGCUGACAUGGCCAAAAUAUUCAAGCAACUUAAGAUCUCCAGGAUUCUUGAAUCUCCAGAGCACAUUGCUGUAAGUGGCAAUCAACCAUCCAAGGCUGAGGCGUUGCUUAAAUUUCUCAAUCGAAACCCUGAUCCUCCCUCUGCCUACAAAGAGAGCUCCUCUAAGCUAAGUGAUAUUGAACUUCUGCUGCAUGGACUCAAUCUGGAUUAUCUCUCUGACAUCUUAAUGGAAAAUGACAUCACUUGGAGCGAUCUGUUGAUUAUGGAGAAGGAGGACUUGGAAAAGAUUAAAAUAACUGAUCCUGAGGAUCAAAAGAAGAUCCUCUGCGCCAUCGAGCAGAUGCACCUUGACAAAGUAGAUUUGAACACCCUGGCGCCUCUUAAUAAUAUAGACAGUGGGAGUGAGGAGUUUCUUAGCUUUCUGAUCAGCUUGAAACAGCAAUGCUGUUACUUGACCGAAACGGUUCAGGAUGUCAUCAGCAGGUUCCCCCGUAGCCCCUCAGAGGUUGUUCUGACAUGUGAUCCCAAGAAAGAGGCUCAAGCCAUUUGCACAGAGAUUGUAACUCAGACAGGAGACCUUCAGAAAGAGAUGGCCUGCCUUAAGACCCUGCUCAGCAAGACGGAUCACACAGAAUACACUUUCCAGCCUCUUCAACCUAACUACAUUAUUGGUGAGAGAGGAAAGCUCCGCAGGAGGAUUGCUGGUGUGCUUGGAGUUGCAAUGCUUGGAGCAGGGCUCAUAUUGGUGCUAUCACAAUCAAGAAAUUUGAGAAAAUAUUUUUGA